ACGAUCGAGGCUGCAGCAGGAGGGAGGCACCGCUUCUUUGCUUGGCAAGGUCCUGAUCGCCGUUUGCACUUCCCGCAAACAAAAACCCUUCUUCCUCGUACUCGCCUGCAUCACCGGCGGCCAUGGCUUCCUCCGCUGCCGGCGGUGGCGGACGGCGCAUCUCCUCCUCCCUUUCCCUUCUUAUCCGUACCCACCACCUCUCCGCCUCCACCACCUCUGCUCUCCACCACCACCACCGCCACGACGACCCAACUACUUCUUCUCCUCCUCCUCAAUCGCGUCCAAUAUUCGGUCGGCCUCGCCAUCUCCUUCCCGACAGAGAGAUACUGGCGGUCUCCUCCUGGUUGAAGCCGAGGCGCCCGUAUGGCGUCCUUCUCCCUCUCGGAGCUGUCUCGGCUCCGCGGUACUAUUCGAGUAGCACGAUCGGCGAGGAGACCGACAAGAUCGAGUACAUGAACGACGUCGCGGAAGUUCUUACGGAGAAGGCCGUGGAGGCCGUCGUCCAGACGCCCGGCGUAGACGAAGUUGCGGUCGCCGCCGCCGACUCGUUCUUACCCGUUGCCGCCUUGCAGUACCUCAUCGACGCAGUUCACCAUUAUAGUGGGUUGAAUUGGUGGGCUGCUAUCGCUUUAACAACUCUUCUGAUUCGUGGAAUGACUGUUCCUCUCUUAAUAAAUCAGCUCAAAGCUACUUCAAAACUUACACUGAUGCGACCACAGUUAGAGGAAAUCAGUAAUCAGAUGCGUGGGGCAACAGACAUGGAGACGCUGCAGGAGAGUAGACAGAGGGUGAAGAAGCUAUAUAAAGAGUAUGGUGUCACUCCACUUACUCCAAUGAAGGGAAUAUUUAUCCAAGGCCCUGUUUUCAUCAGUUUUUACUUAGCAAUCUCCAAUAUGGUUGAGAAAGUCCCAUCUUUUAAAGAAGGUGGUGCGUUCUGGUUUGUUGACCUAACAACUCCUGACACAUUGUACAUUUUCCCGGUUAUGACAGCAUUGUCCUUCCUGAUAACUGUUGAGAUGAAUCUUCAAGAGGGCAUGGAAGGCAAUCCUGUGGCUGGCACCAUGAAAAAUUUUUCCCGGAUCCUUGCAGUUGCAACUGUACCAUUUACCAUGAACUUCCCAAAGGCUAUUUUUUGUUACUGGAUCACCUCCAACCUGUUCUCUCUUUGUUAUGGAUUCGUGAUCAAACGUCCACCAGUAAAGAAGUUUCUUGGCCUUCCUGAAAUUGUGCCGCCUUCUGCCCCCCCACCGAAUUUUUCAUUGUUCAGUCAACCCAAAUCUGAACCUUCAGCAGCUGCUGUAUUGCCGGCACAACCACCCAAGAUCUCGGAGAAACGAAUAACUUCAUCUUCUGCCGUCAGUCAGCGACUUCGAAAUCUGGAAAGGACAGUCAAAGGAAGAAAGAGGAACAAAAAAGUAUGAGGAACUUCGUGGGAAAGCACGUCUGUCCCUCGUAUGAAAUGUUCCUGAGGCUGGUGGAAGAAUGCAGCAUCUUGUUAUCAACUGAUCAAAGCUACGUCACUGGAUCAUGUUGAUAAUGAGAUCUGAUGCCGAUAUGCUUAUUUCUUGGGAAUUUUUGUUGUCGUGGUAUUUGCUUUGAAUGUUUUUUUCCAGGUCUAUGCCUGUGAUUGGAUGUAUAAAAAUUUUGACUAAUUAUGAAAAUAGCAGUGAAAUAAAAAGAACUCAUGGUGCCAUUUUUUUC